GAGCCUGUGGGGGCGGGUCACGCAGGGCGCGCGGCCGGGAGCGGCGGUGGCGGUCUGGCUGCGGGCGAGGAAGCCGGCGCCGGGCCCCUGGUCCGCGGGACGCCGCGCAGUGCCCGCUGCUUCCCGCCGCGGAGCCAUGGAGAUCGGCACGGAGAUCAGCCGUAAGAUCCGGAGUGCCAUUAAGGGGAAAUUGCAAGAAUUAGGAGCGUACGUCGAUGAAGAACUUCCUGAUUACAUUAUGGUGAUGGUGGCCAACAAGAAAAGUCAGGACCAAAUGACAGAGGACCUGUCCCUGUUUCUAGGGAACAACACAAUUCGAUUCACCGUAUGGCUUCACGGUGUAUUAGAUAAACUUCGUUCUGUAACAACCGACCCCUCUAGUCUGAAGUCUUCUGAUACCAACCUCUUUGAUGGUACCGUACCUUCAAACAAGAGCAGUUUCAGUCGAGGAGAUGAGAGAAGGCACGAAGCUGCAGUGCCGCCUCUUGCAGUUUCUAGUACUAGACCUGAAAAAAGGGAGUCCAGAGUUUCUACAAGUUCUCAGGAGCAGAAAGCCACUAAUGUCAGACAGACUUACGAUGAUGGAGCUGCAACCCGACUAAUGUCCACAGUGAAACCUUUGAGGGAGCUAGCACCCUCUGAAGAUGUGAUUGAUAUUAAGCCAGAACCAGAUGAUCUCAUUGAUGAAGACCUUAAUUUUGUGCAGGAGAAUCCCUUAUCUCAGAAAAAAACUACAGUGACACUUACCUACGGUUCUUCUCGCCCUUCUAUUGAAAUCUAUCGACCACCUGCAACUCGAAACACAGACGGUGGUGCUCAUCUAAACAGGCUGCAGUUUCAGCAGCAGCGAAACAGUGCUCAUGCUGCCAAGCAGCUAGAUGUUCAGAGCAGCCGGGUGUGUGAGACAGGGCGCUUGUGUGAGCCAGAAGUGCUUAACAGCUUAGAAGAGACUUACAGUCCCUUCUUCAGAAGCAACGCAGAAAAGAUGAGUAUUGAGGAAGAAAACUUUCGGAAGAGAAAGUUGCCUGUGGUAAGUUCAGUUGUUAAAGUGAAAAAGUUCAGUCACGAUGGAGAAGAGGAGGAGGAAGACGACGACUGUGGGUCCCGCACAGGAAGCAUCUCCAGCAGUGUGUCAGUGCCUGCGAAGCCUGAGCGGAGACCUUCACUUCCACCUUCUAAACAAGCUAACAAGAAUCUAAUUUUAAAGGCUAUAUCUGAAGCUCAAGAAUCUGUAACAAAAACAACUAACUAUUCUACAGUCUCACAGAAACAGACACUUCCAGUUGCUCCCAGAACUCGAACUUCUCAGGAAGAAUUGCUAGCAGAAAUGGUCCAGGGACAAGGCAGAGUCCCCAGGAUAAGUUCUCCUAUUAAAGAAGAGGAAGCAAAAGGAGAUAAUAUAGACAAAAGUCAAGGAACUCAACAGAGGCAGUUGUUAUCCCGAUUGCAAAUUGAUCCCAUAAUGGCAGAAACUCUGCAGAUCAGUCAAGAUUACUAUGACAUGGAAUCCAUGGUCCAUGCAGACACGAGAUCAUUUAUUCUGAAGAAGCCAAAGCUGUCUGAGGAGCUAGUAGUGGCAGCAAACCAGGAGGCGGGGAUGAAGACGGCAGAUGCCCUUCGGGCCCUUUCAGGACACCUUGUGCAGACACGAGAUCUUGUACAACCAGAUAAACCUGCGAGUCCCAAGUUUAUAGUGACGCUGGACGGUGUCCCCAGCCCCCCAGGAUACAUGUCAGAUCAAGAGGAGGACAUGUGCUCUGAAGGAAUGAGACCCGCACAGCACCCUGCAGCCUCACACGGGGGACUCGCGGGCCUCCUCCACCCGCAGCAGUUGCACGUGCUGAGCAGGCAGCUUGAGGACCCAGAUGGUAGCUUUGCAAACGCUGAGCUGAGCGAGCUGAGCGUGGCGCAGAAGCCAGAGAAGCUGCUGGAGCGCUGCAAGUACUGGCCUGCCUGCAAGAACGGGGACGAGUGCGCUUACCAUCACCCCGUGUCGCCUUGCAAAGCCUUUCCCAAUUGUAAAUUUGCUGAGAAGUGUCUGUUUGUUCAUCCAAAUUGUAAAUAUGAUGCAAAAUGUACUAAACCAGACUGUCCCUUCACUCACAUGAGCCGAAGAACUCCAGGACUGCCUCCAAAACCAGUCACAGCAGCAGCACCGCCUUCCAGUAGUCAGCUGUGCCGCUACUUCCCAGCUUGUAAGAAAAUGGAGUGUCCCUUCUAUCAUCCCAAACACUGCAGGUUCAACACUCAGUGCACACGGCCUGACUGCACGUUCUACCACCCCGCCGUUGCGGUGCCACCACGACAUGCCUUGAAAUGGAUUCGACCUCAGACCAGUGAGUGACACCCAGUCCUACCUGACAGAAGAUGGUGGCAUUUGAGAGUUUCCGUCUACUGAUGAAAGACGCUCUGCAGAAUUUGUCAGGUCUUUGAAACUUGGAAUAUAUUGCUUUCAUGAUAUGAAGUUUAUUGCCUAUCUGAAGUGUCUAAUUUUUCAAGUUUGUAAGUUUAUUAAGUGAUUUUAACAUUGGGUUUUUUUUUUGUUGUUUUGUUUUGACUGUGGAAAGACAGUUUAAGGAAAAGCUGAACUCUAUUAAAACACUUGAGGCAUGUUUGUACACUGCUGUGUUCAGGUAUCAGAAUUGACAGCGUGGUGCUAUCACUGCUGGCGCUGACGGUCCAGCUGCGGUGCAGCAGUGCUGUGUGUCCAGCGCUGAGUCGGGGGGGCCCUUACUCCAGAAGGUGGGUGGCUGCUUUCACUUUCUGACUCCCCAGAAAACAGGGAGUGGCCCAGAGUGCUGAGGUGGCAUGACACAGUUACUCAGUCCUGCUCUUCAAAGUGACUGACUACCAAGGCUUUUUGAGUUGAGUGCUGCUUUGGUGAAUGGCUCCCAAAUAUCUGCUCCCUUGCUUUCUGAGAAAGGGUGAGUGAGGUGGGGCGUGCAGGGGAACAUAGUUGGAAUGCAAAAGGCAAAAAAUAGCAACAGUUCGUUAAAAUGCUUUCAUUUACUGUUAACAUACACUUUUAAAAUAAGUAUCUGGGGGAUCUACAUUAUCACAAAAUUAUACAAAAAUUUUUUACAAGUAUAUACAUAAGGUAUCAGAACAAACUUUAACUCACAAGAUUAUAGCUAUACAUACAUAUUCUCACGUUCUGAAAAAUAACAUUCUCAGAAAUAACUCCACAGAAAAUAUAGUUAUUAUUGAAGAUAAUUUUUUAAAUGUAAAAACUAGAUUUAAAUAGUAUAUUUUAAAUGACAGACUAUAUAAUUACAGAGAUCAGAUGGGUAAACUGCAAAAUAGGACUUAACUUUUGGGAUACUGAAUGAAAAUAUAGAGUUUUGUGUGUGGUUUUAAAAUUGUUAAGGCAAGAAGUGUCAGAUUCUUUAGAAUUAAAUAACAGAUCACUGAUUUUUAAAAGACAAUGUAGCUUUUUAAAAAGUAAAGCUAAAAGUUGGUUAGAAAAAAAGAGUUAAUGCAAAAAGGAUAGUAAAGUUCAAAAUAUUCUAAGGACCAAA